GUGCGGAGUGCCUAAGUCGGGCGGGCCGGUGCAGAGAGCAGCGUGGUCCAUCCUAUGACUGACUGACACCCGCCGGGGGAAAAGUUACUCUGAGUUUGCGGAUACACUGCCAACAUGUCUGGAGAUGACGAGACGCAGGAGCAGACCAUCGCCGAUGACUUGGUGGUCACCAAGUAUAAGAUGGGGGCCGAAAUUGCGAAUCAGGCUCUGAAGACGGUAGUUGGGGCAGCUGUUGCUGGGGUCUCUGUGCUCAGCCUGUGUGAAAAGGGAGAUGCCUUCAUCAUGGCAGAAACUGGCAAGAUCUUUAAGAAGGAAAAAGACAUGAAGAAAGGUAUCGCUUUUCCUACUUGUGUGUCAGUUAACAACUGUGUAUGCCAUCACUCCCCUCUGAAGAGUGACCCCGAUGUCAUACUGAAGGAUGGCGACCUUGUCAAAAUUGAUCUUGGAGUGCACGUUGAUGGCUUCAUCUCAAACGUGGCUCACAGCUUCAUUGUUGGAGUGACCAAGGACAACCCACAGACAGGGAGGAAAGCUGACGUUAUGAAAGCAGCUCACCUGUGUGCUGAGGCAGCUCUGCGUCUUGUUAAGCCAGGAAACCAGAACACACAGGUCACAGAAGCCUGGAACAAGAUCGCAAAGUCGUUCAAGUGUUCCCCUAUUGAGGGCAUGCUGUCCCAUCAGCUCAAACAACAUGUAAUUGAUGGAGAAAAAACUAUCAUCCAGAAUCCUACAGACCAGCAAAAAAAGGACCAUGAGAAGGCUGAGUUUGAGGUGCAUGAAGUGUAUGCAGUGGAUGUGCUUAUUAGCACUGGAGAGGGAAAGGCAAAGGAUGGAGGUCAGAGGACCACCAUUUACAAACGAGACCCCAACAAAGUCUACGGCUUAAAGAUGAAGACAUCUCGAACGUUCUUCAGCGAGAUGGAGAGACGCUUUGAUACGAUGCCUUUCACCUUGAGAGCAUUUGAGGAUGAAGGCAAGGCCAGGUUGGGUGUGGUGGAGUGUGCCAAACAUGAGCUGCUGCAGCCAUUCAGUGUGCUGCAUGAGAAAGAAGGUGAAUUUGUUGCCCAGUUCAAGUUCACUGUGCUGCUCAUGGCCAAUGGACCUCUGCGAAUCACAAACAGCCUCUUUGAGCCAGAACUCUACAAGUCUGAGCAUGAAGUGGAGGAUCCCGAGCUGAAGGCUUUGCUUCAAAGCUCAGCCAGCCGCAGGACUCAGAAGAAGAAGAAAAAGAAGGCCUCAAAGACUGUUGAGAGCGCAACAGGACAAGCAAUGGAGACUGAAGCUGCUGAAUAGAUUCCUCGCUUCGAGUACUUCUGACAGACAUCUGAUGACCCAAAGAACAGACGUCACCGAUCCUUCUGUCCCAGCUGUCUGAGGCGCUUGCGGGCAUAGCCGUUGUGAAUACCUCUGAAUCUAACUGAUGUCAGUCUGGGAUGAUGCUGCUCCUAAAUUCUGUCUCCACCUAACACACACACACACACAUAGAUACAUACAUGUCUAGUAAAUCUCACUGUCCUUGAGACAGCUUCCUUCUCUUAGUGGACCCAGUUCUGUUACACAAGAGGAUAUUUUGUGCAAGGGCAUACACUCACUGGAACAUUUAACCAUUUGACUGACCUUGAGCCUUCGUCCAUUUCUCCACAAUAACUGCAGUGUAAGAUAUGGAAAAUAAAAUGAUUUCGACAGAGCAGCCAAGGAUGAUGAACGCACAGCAUUGUGUUGUUGUAAUUGUGUGGCUGUUGGAUAACUUCCUUGAGGUCAUGAACCUAAAGCCAUGCAUUGCAUUUUUGAAGAGUUAAAUGAGGGCAGAAAUGUAUCACACUUGUUUUGAACCCUGAUGUCAUGACAUUCGCACAGGUUAUAAGCAUUGAUACUCACCGUUAGUCAUCAUUACUGUUCAUUAUGAUUACUGCAUUUAUACUGCUCUGGCCUAGGUCCAUGUACUCAUACAAUGUAUAUACUUCUAUUCAUCUGCUGUAGGUAAUAAUUUCUAAAACUGACAUUUUAAGACCUAUCGGUUGAGUAAUUUAGCUUUCUCUCGAUUGUGGAUGGUCUAAUUCCUGCCAAGGGUUCAGCAUUCAGUCCUCUGGUGCCACCACCAAGUCUGACAGUCUGUGUUUACAUAAGAAGUCCACAUGUGUUAGAUAAUGCGGAUGCUUUUGUAAAACAAAUCCCAGUUUCAGAGACUAUUUUUGGAAACAUUAAAAAGCCACCUGACGUCAUUUGUAGUGUUUUGUUUUUAUUUUAUGUAUUCAGUACAUUAUGCCGAUGAGCAGAAUUAUCAGGACUGGUUAAGAUUAACAGAAUUGCUUAUUACAGAAAGGGCUAGAGUUUGGGUUUUAUAAAUACUGAGGCUGUUUUGUACAGUUAGUAGUGAAAAAUGUAAAAAAAAAAAAAAAAAACUUAAUAUAAUAGUAUUUAUUCAACAAAAUGUAUUUUCUGUAACUUAUGUUUUACAACAUGAAGAUCUAGAUGUAGUUUCAAGACAAGCUGACAAGAAUAUAACUUUGAGGGUAUGCUUAAAAUCUAAGCAUAAUGAGUGUAAAAAUACUGGCUAGGAGUUGUUAAAUAUCCACCAUUCAUAUACUUUUAAAGUUACCCCAGGUUAAAAACCCAAAUGUUCUUAAUGGUAGCUAGGCUAUUGGGCACAAAGACGAUCAGAUAAUACAAGUAGUAUUACCAGUCACAUAUAUCUGUAGUAAAAUUCUCUUCUUGAAUAUAAUCACUUUGUUGGGGGAUCUGCAACAUCUGCAGCACGAGUGCACAAUCCAAAUAAAUUACUGUGACAAUGGACCUUAAAAGUUGUAGUAAUUGCUUAAUACAUCCCCAAUGAUUUUCUGAAUGCGCUUCACCCUGCAUUUUUAACGGUUUUACUACAGUCUCAUCAAAGUGACGCAUGCAACUCAUAUAAAUUUGCCGUCGCCUACAUAUGACGUCCUUCGUGGCGACGAUUCCUUAGCGGUCGCCCUUCCUCUUCGACAUGAGAGCUAAGUGGAGAAAGAAGCGCAUGCGCAGACUGAAGCGGAAGAGGAGAAAGAUGAGGCAGAGGUCCAAGUAAACGAUCCUCUCCGCCAUGGCUGUGACAGCACAUGUUGCCAACAACCAGACCGGUGAGCUCAGCUGGAGACCCAGGACCCUCCCGGUGUCAAGUCUGAGGCCAGCGGCGCCCAUAUCAACCUGAGGCAGCGGAGCUGCAGCAGCUGAUUAUGCUGGACAGCCGCUUUAAGACCUGCUGGAUGACAGGCUUUUCCUCUGGGACUUUCUGGACUCUUUGUUCUUAAUUCCUCAACUUUUAUCAUUUGUUAUUGUUUAUACUGUGAUUAAAGUUUUUGGUUUCAAAAGAA